GUCUUACAUUGUGAGGCGCUGAUUGAAGUCAACAUUUUGCCCACUCGUUAUCAUACCUGUUAUUUGUUGCCACUCGGUGCUUAGGAUCGAUGACUGGGAGGCUCAGUACAGAGUUAAUAUCAGAUAGUGAAGAAGAGAGACUCAAAAAUUUUCAACGCGUCUCACUUGAAGUCAUUGAAAUCUCCUCGGGCGAUGAGGACGACCGUGACUCGCUCACAAAAAAUGGUGCUCGACGGGCUCAGAAUACUCAUGCUAAUACAGGCUCCCUCGAAAUCAUCGAGUUGACAGAUAGCGAUAACUACGACACAUCCUCCGACUUUCCAGACAAAUUAACUGAUCUCGUCAAGAGUCCUGCGAAGGCACCACCAGGCAUUAUGAGGAAACCUGUGGCUCAGCGCCCGAAAGACUUCCUGUCACUUUAUGCUGAUGAAAGCGACGCAGACGAUGGUUCCAUUCUCGUUCUGAACGAGCCUCGAAGUACACGCAAACCCAUUCGCCGCGCUCAGAUAUCCACUAUGAAAGAAACCAUUCCCUCCUUCCCAAUUACUCGCCAUGAUCAUGGGUCAUCUUACCCAUAUUCCUCUGGAGAGGACACGAGGCAGGCUGGCACUCCUCGAGCAGUCUUGGGCGGCAUAACGGCACGGAAAAAUGGACCGGCCCCCAGAAUCUCUGCGCGGGGAAAAGCGGAAGAGCAAGCACGCCGCGAGAAAUAUGCUGAAAUGCUUUUUGAAGAGCUCAACAGUACAAUAUUCAAUGACGGUCUUCCCAGGGAGACAAAAUUGAAUUGGAACAAGCGCUUAUUAACCACAGCGGGAAGGGCCAGGUGGCACAGAUCUAGGGAUGGUGUUCAGACGACGGAGAUCGAGCUGGCCGCCAAGAUUUUGGACCGUGAUGAACGGAUACGAAACACUUUGUCGCAUGAAAUGUGUCAUCUAGCAUGCUGGAUCAUUAAUGGCAACCCGAAAGAAGGACAUGGCCCAGCCUUCAAAGCCUGGGCCAACAAAGUGAUGAUCAAGCGUCCAGAGAUCGAAAUCACGACAAGGCAUAACUAUGAAAUUUCAUACCCAUUUGAAUGGAAAUGCGAAAAAUGUUCAAAAGUAUAUGGCCGGUAUAGCAAAUCCAUCAGACCAGAUGAAUGCGUGUGUGGCAUUUGUAAGGUUGGAAAACUCAUCCCCCUCUUCGUGCAAAGAGCACCCAAGACCCCAAAGGUCAGUAGGAUGGCAACUGCUCUGCCUCAAGGUUCCCCUCGUCCUAUUGCGGCUCUUGAGGAAACACUACGGGUGCCGACCAACGGCUCGGUGUAUAGCAUAUCAUCGGAGGAUGAGGUAGAUAUAUUAGUUGGAGCGAUCAAAAAUGUGACCCUCCACGAACGCGAAACUCUACCAUGACACAUCUGGUCAUCAUUUGGCCAUGAAUUCUCAUGAUGUAGCUCGAAGAUCGAUUUGUCGGACUGG